GCUAAAAAGAACACUUUCGACGACGGGACGGAUGCCGUAGUAUUCCAUGGCUGCUUCACGUGGAGUCGUAGAAAAUUAAAUAACUUACAAAAAAGAUUACAUCUAUAGAAAACGUUUGAUAAUCAUGACUAUCAUAACAUUUUUAAGCCGCAAGAUCAAUUUGAAUCGACUGUCAAAGCUGCAUCUAUGUACUUACGGACAAACUGUGCGAUUUUUGGCGUCGCACGCCAAAUUCGCCGAGCACAAACCGUUGGAAAAGAUCAGGAAUAUCGGUAUAUCAGCUCACAUCGAUUCCGGAAAAACCACUUUGACCGAACGUAUCUUGUAUUACACCGGCAGAAUAUCUGAGAUGCACGAGGUAAAGGGAAAGGAUAACGUGGGAGCAACUAUGGAUAGCAUGGAAUUGGAAAGGCAAAGAGGCAUCACUAUUCAGUCCGCUGCCACGUACACGUUAUGGAAAGAUCAUAAUAUUAACAUCAUUGAUACACCAGGACAUGUGGAUUUCACAGUGGAAGUUGAAAGAGCUCUGCGGGUUUUGGAUGGUGCUAUUCUUGUCCUCUGCGCAGUGGGUGGCGUCCAGUCACAGACUUUGACUGUAAAUCGACAGAUGAAGAGAUAUAAUGUUCCCUGUCUAGCAUUCAUUAAUAAGCUUGACAGAAUGGGUGCAAAUCCAAAGAGAGUUCUGCAACAAAUGAGGAGCAAGCUGCAUCAUAAUGCAGCAUUCAUACAAUUACCAAUUGGUCUUGAGAAUAAUACAAAAGGCAUAGUAGAUUUAAUUGCCCAAAAAGCAAUUUAUUUUGAAGGAAAUUUCGGGGAAAAUGUUAGAGAGGAUGAAAUCCCAAAGGAUAUGAAUACAGAGGUAAAUGAAAGAAGACAAGAAUUAAUCGAACACUUAAGCAAUGCAGACGAUACAUUUGGUGAUUUAUAUUUAAAUGAUACAAAAAUAACUGAGAAAGAUAUUAUGGACGCCAUACGUAGAAGUUGCUUGAAUAGAAAGUUUACACCUGUGCUACUUGGCACUGCAUUGAAAAAUAAGGGAGUUCAGCCACUACUAGAUGCGGUAAUAAACUACUUACCAAAUCCAGGAGAGGUGGAAAAUUAUGCUCUAGAAGAAAAAGCUGAGGGUGAAUAUAAUAAAGUUUUAUUGAAUUCUAAUCGCAAUGAUGAUGAACCUUUCGUUGGAUUAGCAUUCAAAUUGGAGGCUGGCAGAUUUGGCCAAUUAACAUAUUUUCGUUGUUACCAAGGAAUGUUAAGAAAAGCGGAAAAUUUAUAUAACACAAGAACACGAAAAAAGGUACGGGUACAAAAAUUAGUUCGACUUCAUGCAAAUCAAAUGGAAGACGUUACGGAAGUUUAUGCGGGAGAUAUUUUUGCUUUGUUUGGUAUAGACUGUGCAUCUGGUGACACUUUUGUUAGAGAUUCCAAAUUAAAUUUGUCGAUGGAAUCAAUUUACGUUCCCGAUGCUGUGGUAUCUAUGUCUGUGCAAAUGAAACAGUCGAAAGAUCGAGAUAAUUUUGCUAAAGGUAUUGGCCGAUUUACGAAGGAAGAUCCAACCUUGCGUUUCCACUAUGAUGUGGAUAACAAGGAAAGUAUAAUUUCUGGUAUGGGCGAAUUGCAUUUGGAAAUUUAUGCACAAAGAUUGGAACGUGAAUAUAAUUGCCCAAUCAUUCUGGGGAAACCAAAGGUUUCUUUCCGCGAGACUUUAUGUGGGCCUUGUGAAUUUGACUAUCUUCAUAAAAAACAGUCUGGCGGUGCUGGCCAAUACGCUCGCGUGAUUGGAAUUAUGGAGCCUUUGCCACCUGAAAAAAAUACAACCAUUGAAUUUUCGGAUGAAACUGUAGGGACCAAUGUUCCGAAACAAUUCAUUCCGGGCGUAGAGAGAGGCUUCAGGUCAAUGUGUGAUAAAGGUUUAUUCAGUGGUCACAAAAUCGCUGGUGUUAAAUUUAGAAUACUCGAUGGUAUGCAUCAUUGUGUUGAUUCCUCGGAAUUUGCCUUCUUCCAAGCCGCACAAGGUGCUGUUAGGGAUGUUUUUGAAUAUGGUAACUGGCGACUUUUGGAGCCGAUUAUGUUAGUUGAAGUAGUGGGCCCGCAGGAAUUUCAGGGUCUAGUAUUAGGGCAAAUUACCAAAAGAAAAGGACUUGUAAACUUCACAGAAGUUAUAGAUGAAUGGUUCACGAUCGUUGCAGAAGUACCGCUUAACGAAAUGUUCGGUUAUGCCGGUGAACUAAGAUCGAGCACGCAAGGUAAAGGAGAGUUCACGAUGGAGUAUGCAAGGUACAGUCCUUGCUUACCGGAAGUGCAAGACCAACUUGUUAGACAAUAUCAAGAAUCACAGGGAAUAGUGAUCUCGGAAAAAUCUCAGAAAUCGAAAAAUUAACUAGAAUAAAUAAUUUGUUUUUUUUAGUGAAAAAUUGAGUAAUAUUAUGAAUGCUGUAAUUGCAUUAUGAUAAUAUAUGCAUUGUUUAUAUAUUUAAUAUACUCGACGUAAACUGAUAAAUAAUUGCUAGUAAAAAUAAUGAUUAAUAGACAAAAAUACAAAAUUUGUAUACUUAACAAAUGUGUAUAAAUGUAUAAAAUAAGUUGUAAAUAUUAGUUCACGUUUAAAAAAUGUGUGAUAAAAAGUAUAAAAUAUAGAAGGUAAUUUUUAUUUACAAACAGGUGCGUCGAAAAAUAAUUGUGAAUUUAAUUAAUAUCUAUCUUCAGAUAAUACUUUAAGUAAUUACAAUACACAUCAAUCACUUUUCAUAUUCUUAAGACUAAAACUAUUAAAACAAUUAAAAAAAAAUUAGUAUUUUAAAAAAUA